UGGCUUGGUUUGAGUGCGGCUGAAAGUGGCUAGAUUGGCCGACCGCAACAGUCAGCACUGGCAGUAAGCUGAGCAUAAAAACAUCUGACACACUGUCCCGCCUUUCUCUCUCCUUGUUUCCUCUAUUGCAAAGUUAUCUAUGUGCAUUUCCUGUUUAUUGAUUUGAAAGUUGAUUGAUUAAUUUUCGAUCUGUUUCGUCCGAACAUCCCGAUCGGCCACGUGACCUCCUGGACCCCUUUCCCAGGUUUCGCGUCUUUCGAUAUCUAUCAAAAAGCCAUCACAUCUCACAGUGGCUUCAAUAACCACCUCAGCCAGAAUGCCCCCAGACUUUACAUUUCCGCCCCGCUAUACCUCCCGCUCCAACCCAGCACAACCACCACGCAUCCCCACCUCGCCCCCAAACUUCGGCUUCCCCUACUUCCCAACACCACCAAACCCAACAGCCGUCUCAAUGCCCGACAUCACCUCUCCCAUCACACCGCUUUCUCCUAUCCCCGCCCUCCCCGGCUCAACUUCAAAAUCACCAUUCUUAACCAUCCCCUUGGAACUCCGCCUCCAGAUCUACUCCUACGUCCUCCUCGCCCACCCAGUCCACCACGCCCACCUCGCUCCUCUCGAUCCACCAACGACCUUCUCCGGAAUGAGCACGGAGGAAUUCCACACCACGCGCCUCGCCCCUACGUCAAACGGUGAACGAGAGCGGGAGACGGAGGUCAGGACGCUCAUCACGCGCCUCGCGCCCUCGUCCUCCUCCGCGCAGGAAAUAAACGCGCUCUACCCCAUCUCCGCCCCCACGAGCCUCACCUCACCGCGCCAAACCAGGGUGCAGGGCAAGAUCCCGACCGCGUUACUUGUGUCUUGCAAACAGGUGUACGGGGAAUGCAAGAUGGUGCCGUGGGAGCGGAAUACGUUUACGUUCAUCAAUUGGUUCUGGAGCGGUGUUUAUGCGGCCCGGCAGUUCACGAGGAGUCUGCGCCCGUGGCAGAGUGAUGGGAUGCGGUAUGUGGGUGUUGAGGUCCUUGGCAGGGAUCUGAAGGUUGAUGGCACGGGGAAGAUUGGCGCGUCAGUAGGCGUUGCGGAACGCGGAGAGUGGUGGGAGCUUUGCUCGCUGUGGAAGGGGGCCUGGGGGCUGAGGUUGGGGCUCAAGGGCGCUGUGGGGGGUGAGAAGGGUAGGUUGGUUGAUGGGAGUGGAGGGUGGAAUGGCGAGCACGGUCAAGCUGGAGAUGAGGGGGAGGAGAAAGCGAGCGGGGUGCUGGAUGUCAAGGCUGGGUGGGUGAAAGAGGGGUUAUUGAACAUGAGGCAGUUGAGAUGGGUGGAGAUUGAAGUUGAGGAUGAGGACGUUGAGCGGGAAGAGAAGAUCAGGUUUUGUGGGGAAUUGGAAGCCGCGUUCAACACCGAAUUGCAACAAGACAUGGACGGAGAAGAGAGGAGGAAAGUGAAAGUCAUCUUCAUCGAGCGGCGCAAAGUCGCCGAAGACCCAAGUUGAUUGGUGCUUGUGCAAAGCUAUUGAUGCGCUGUAUUUUUUGUGGCCUGGCGUGGGGCUUGCGGCUGAGUUCGCUAGGUGGUGAGAUUCGGGCUGCUUUGAAGCUGUGGUGGCCUUGAUUUGAGAAGGGGCGCUUGAUAG